UUUUUUUUUAAACUGAAGUUAUACAAUGCCAAAGUCAAAAUCAGCAACAGCAGCUAAAAAACAAUCCACUAUUAAGACACGGGUAUCUCGACGACGAGGAAAAGCAGCAGACGAUCAACAUAGUCCAUUGACAAGUAGUUUUCUAAGCAAGGACGAUACUGAUAAAAAACAACAAAAGAAAAAAGAACAACCAUUGACUAAUGAGGAUACGGACGUUUCUUCUACCAUUGUGACACAGCAAAAUAAGAAUGAUACCACUACACCUCAAAGACGUAUUGAAAUUCACCAAACACAUUUAUCUGAUAUGGAUAAAAAGUUACGAGCAUUUGAUUUGAAUUAUCAAUAUGGACCUUGUGUUGGCUUGUCAAGAUUAGAACGUUGGGAACGAGCACAAGCAUUAGGGUUACAUCCACCUAUUGAAAUCAGGGAUCUAUUAUUGGACAAGAAACGAAAUAAAAAGGAUACUCAAGAAUGUCUAUUUUAUGGGAACGUAAUAUGAUCUCUAUUAUACAAAUUGAUUAGAUUUUUUUUUUAUUUUUUCAAGUCUAAUUUCGAUACCCAUUCUUGUUUGAAUAAAAAAAAAAAAAAGUCCCGU